GGAAUUUCCUCUCCGCAAAUCCAGGGCCGCAGCGGAGGCUGGACGGGACCGGGCCAGAGCAGGAGGGCCAGGCCGAGCCCCGGGACUGAUGCCCAGUGGAUGAGAGAAAUCCGUCCCUGGAGCGUUCCCUCCCAAAUCGACGCCGGCUGGGCGCGCCACGGCCGAAGCGGAGAGAUGACCCGCGGGGUCCAGUGGGCGCUGGCCUUGGCCGUGCUGGCGGGCCUGGGGCUGGACCCCGCCGCCGCCGGUCAGAGCUGCCCUGUCGAGAGGCAGGAGGACGUCAUCGUCGACAUCCAGGCGGCCUUCUCACGGGGGAUCCGAAGCACUGAGCCGGAGUACGUGGCCACGGAAGAAGCCUGCCUCAACGCUUGCUGUCUGACGAAAAACAUUUCCGGGGACAAGGAGUGCAAUUUGAUCAUUUUUGACACCCGGAAGAUCGUCAACCAACAAAACUGUUACCUGUUCUACUGCCCCAGUGAGGAAGCCUGCCCAAUGAAGCCAGCCAGAGGCCUGGUGAGCUACAGGAGGACUCGAGAUCUUCCACCCUUGGACAAAACCUACUUGCCAAAUAAAAACAGAAGCUCGGAAGGUGAACCAGUGGGGGUUAAAUCUGUUGCGCAAGCAGCCACAUCUGACCCACGACGUCCUCCGGGGACGAAUUCCACGGCCGUUUCGUGGGAAGGAGAGAUUUCUAAGACAUCUGGAUUACCCAAUGCCUCGAGGAAACAAUGGGACGAGAUUGACGGGCGCGCUCAGAUUCCCCCAAGCGAAAAGACAGCCGGCGGUCUGGGAUCUUCCCAGAAACAGGGAAUAGCUAAGCUGUUGCCCCAAAAGGGCUCUCCCGAUUCUACCGCCCCUGCUCAUUCUCAUCCCAAUAUGCCAACCUCUACUCUUGCUCCUCCUCCUCCUCCUCCUCAAACCACGGGGUCAACGGCUCCUCCGAUGCCCCCCUCUCCUCCUUCUCAGACCCCAGGGUCAGCCCUUACCUCCACAUCUCCUCCCCUUCAAUCUGCCCCAGAACAGAAUCCAACUAUUCCCAGAUCCCUUGUCCCUUCCCAAACCCUUCCGACAGCCACUGUCCCACCUCUGUCUACCAGCCCUGCUGGCCCCCUGAGUCUAUCCCAGACUCCUGUGGUCUCAUCCGCCACCCCUACUCCUCCAGGUGGGCGAGCGGUUUCAGAAACAGCGGGCAUUGGGACCACCCCCUCCGUUACAGCUGCCGACACGGGCGCUCAAAACACCUCCCUUUCAGGUGCUUUGGCUACCUCUGCCGUCCAUCCAGUUGGCCCUUGGGACUCGGGGAAGGCCGCUUUCGAACGCUCCCACCCUGAUGAGGCCUCUGUGGAUGGAUCCAACCUCCAGCUAGAUAAGUGGGCCCUCCUCGGGGCGCUGGUCGCUGGGGUCUCCUUCCUGGCGGUUGGCAUCGCCAUCCUUGGCCGCAAGCUCUUCGAGUCCCUUCAGAGAAAACGCUACUCCAGGCUGGAUUAUCUGAUCAACGGAAUCUACCUGGGCAUUUAGCGAGGACGCGUUCUUGCGCGGUCCUCGGCCCGUGAAUUUGAAGGGAUCUUGCCCCCUUCCAGUGGCCGUUCCUGGGGAACCGUGAGUUAGGGAAGGAGCACGGGCCUGCAAAUCGGAGGACCUGGGUUCUAAUCCCGCUCUGCCACGUGUCU